GUGCGAGCUAGUCCGAGUUACGCUGCAGUCUGUGGAGCUUGUCGGGCAAGUUGCAAAUGCAAAUGGCUAUCGCGACCUUGCAACGCUGCAAUGCAAAUAUGCAAAAAUGCAGUUAAAACACCAGUUGACCGUGCUACUGGAUUCACAGGAAAAUCAACGGUAAAUUUUUUAACAGAAUUAACUAAGGAACCAGAAUAUCAUAACGUGAAGUGGGGUAUUGCCGGACGAUCUGAAAAAAAACUUAACAUUUUACUUAAAGAGCUUUCUGAGUUAAAAAUCAGAACGUCCAGCAUAGUCGUCAUAAAAUGUGACAUCAACAAUCAAACUGAAUUAAGGAACGCCACAGGUAGAACGAAAAUUUUGAUAAAUUGCACUGGUCCUCAUAGUAUAUUGGGUGAAGCUGUCAUUAAGAGCUGCAUCGAGACAAGGACUCACUACGUUGAUAUAUCAGCCGAAAUACCACAAAUCUUUAACGCAUUUCGUAAUAAUCACAAUGCUGCUGAAGAGGGGAAUGUGCUAAUUGUACCAUCCUGUGGUCUGGCCUCUAUACCUUCUGCAGCAGGACUCAUGUUCUUACAAAAUCAAUUCAAAGAUAUUCCUGACGUCGUCGACUGCUACUUCAGAUUCGAUAUACCAAGAAGAAGUUACGCGCCUAUUGGUCAACAUUGUUUAGUUCAUUCGGGUACAUGGGAAUCUCUGGUUUUCGUUUUACAAGAUCUACCAAAAUAUUUAAAUCUGAAAAAAGAAACAUUUCCUGAACCGCUUGUGUACGAGCCUAUAGAAUUAAAAAGAUCUUUCUUUCAUCGUCACAGCGGAGAAGUCUGGUUCCCGUAUCCAGGGCCAGACGAAGAUUUAAUCGAAAUGUCCCAAAGAUAUGUAUCGGACAAGUACGAACAGAAACCGAUAAGAUUUCGUAGUUUUUGUACUGUACCGAAAUUUUAUCAUUUUUUAAUAAUACCCCCAAUGUAUAUGUACUACUAUUUAUGUCGUUUCGAAUGGUUUCGAAAGAUGUUGUGUAAGCACCCUAAGGUUUUCACGGCCGGUUAUAUGUCACGUCAGGGACCUUCCGAAGUAUCAAGAAUGAACACAAAAUAUACCCUAACGAUGACUGGAAAGAGUUGGGAUUCAAAUGUAAAAAAUUACGAACAUGAUCCUAAGAAAUCUUUGACUGUGAAGGUUUCAGGAACGGAUCCCGGCUAUUAUACUACGGCUAUGUGUUUGAUUAUUUCUGCCAUGACGAUCCUAAGAGAGAGUGAUAAAAUGCCGAAAGGCGGAGUACUUAUGCCCGCAGCUGCAUUUCAGAACACGAACCUUGUCGAAAAUUUAAUGAAGCAUAAAAUGGAAUUUGAAGUCGUCACAAAGUAGGGUUUGUGAGGGGUGUAUUAACACAAAAAUUGUAUUUCAUAAUUGGUAUUUGAUGGGUUUUAAACAGUGAAACUGUCUAAUUAUGGUUUUGGUGUAAAUUAAUAUUAAA